AACUUUAGUUGCAAAAUUCUGAGUUUCACUUUAUUCAAGCUAUACCAUCUUUUGUUGAGUAAUAUUUGUUUCUUUAGAAAUGGCCUCUCAAGCUGCUACAGAAAAUAGCUCACGUCCAUUGCCAAACUUUCCUCCUAGCGUAUGGGGUUCUACCUUUGCUUCAUUGUCGGUGCCUUCACUGGAAUCGGAAUUCGAAGCAUUAACCAAAGAGGUGGAAAUACUAAAGGAAAACAUAAUAAAUGAAAUGUUAAUGCAAUCUACGAUAGAUUUAGCUACAAAUAUUGAAUUCAUAAAUCUGUUAUGCCGUCUUGGUGUAUCGUAUCAUUUUGAGGGUGAAAUCGAAAAACAACUCGACCAUAUUUUUGCCGGCCUGCCUGAUAUUCUUGAACGCAGCACGGACUAUAGCCUCUACACUUCGGCAAUCCUAUUUCGAGUUCUUAGACAGCAUGGAUAUAACAUACCUUCUGAUGUGUUCAAGAAAUUCAAGGACAAUGAUGGAGAGUUUAAAGAAAGCUUAUGCAACGAUCCGAAAGGUCUCCUUGCCUUGUAUGAAGCAACCUUUCUAAUUGUUGAUGGAGAAGAUAUUUUAGAUGAAGCCCUUGAAUUUACAAGGCAACAGUUGGAAAUCUCGUCUGAGAAAUCAAUCAUAAGUCCUCAUCUUGCACAACAUAUAAAGGCUGCCUUGUUCCGACCAUUCCAUCACGGUAUUAAAAGAUUAGAGGCUAUGCAAUACAUUCCGUUAUAUGAGCGAGAUGAGUCGAGAAAUGAAGCUCUCCUCGAGUUUGCUAAGUUGGAUUUUAAUCGAUUGCAGUUGUUAUACCGAAAAGAACUAGCCAUACUUACGAGGUGGUGGGACGAUUUAGAUAUAAAAAAGGACCUUCCUUAUGCAAGAGAUAGGAUUGUGGAGUGCUUUGUGUGGAUAGUUUCAUUUCAGUUCGAACCGCAAUAUAGUACUUCUCGGAUAAUGGGGACGAAGUAUGCGAAAAUUGUAUCGCUAACGGAUGAUACAUACGACUCUUAUGGGACAUUUGAUGAACUUCAGCGGUUCGCAAAGGCAUUUGAAAGGUGCAAUAUUGAUGCUAUUGACGAGCUGCCAAACUACAUGAAAGUUUUUUAUAAGUUUCUGUUGAGUGUUUUUGCUGAAACUGAGAAUGAUGAAAACGAAGGAAUCCGCCGCAGAACUUGUUAUGCGAAGCAGACGGUGAAGGAAAUUGUAAGAAGCUAUGUAGUUGAAUUAGGGUGGGUUAAUGAAGGGAUUGUGCCAACAUUCGAUGAGUACAUGACGAAUGGAUUGGUUACAUGUGCUUGCGAUGUACUACUAUCAGGAUUAUACAUUAAAAUGGGAGACUUUUUAGGGGAAAAAGAAUUUCAAUGGAUUGAAAGUACUCCUAAAAUUAUUAGACUUUCCAAGUCUAUGGGACGUCUUAUGAAUGACAUCUUGCCCCAUGAGGUCGAAAAGGAGCAAACGGGGAACUGCACUUUAGGUGUGAAGAGCUAUAUGGAGCAGUAUGGUGUUUCGCAAGAAGAAGCGAUGGAAGAGAUCAGAAAGCUUUGUAAAAAUGGGUGGAAGGAUAUAAAUCAAGAUUGCAUGAAGCCAACCGUUGUCCCAAGAAUUGUUGUGGAGAAUUAUGUUCAGCUUGCAAGGUUAGCGCACUUUUUUUAUGAGUCGGUUGAUUAUUACACGCACUCAAUCUAUAUGAAAGACAUAUUGACAUCAUUGUUCCUCAAGCAACUGUAGUUUGUGUGAAAUCAGAGGGGAAUUUUUAAUUUUAUCGGCUUAUGUUUGUUGCACGAAUGACAUAACGCAACGGUUGCAUGCGAUAAUUUUUCAUUACUGUAUUUGGUGUGCCUUUUUAGCUUUUGGUGUUUUUCAUUAAGUAUUUAGUGGGGCAUAAAGUUUGUCUGGGCAUGCUUCUUUUGUAAUAAACACUUAUGGUGUGUAAGGUUCAUCAGAGUUUUUUAGUUCUUUAGAGGAGAAAUUGAUAAGUUUGAAAUGUAUGGAACUGCUUCUCAUCCAA